AUGAAAGGGUUUUUGGGAAUCACAUGCCACUUUAUUCUAAAUUGGUCAAUGUAUUCACUGAUGCUUGAAUGUAAGCGCUUCAAGGGACGUCACACAGCAGAAAACAUCUAUUCCUACUAUUGUGAGGCAACUACAUCAUAUAAUAUUAAAGGCAAAGUUAUCACUACAGUGACAGACAAUGCCUCAAAUGUAGUUAAAGCAUUUAGCAUUCCUGGUUAUCAUGGUGAUUUGCAAGAUUAUGAUGAGGAUGAAGAGGAAGAUGAAGGAGAAAUGAAUGCUACUGACCUGCAUGAUAGCCUUGAUUAUGUUUCACAACAUGAUACAUGCUUUGCUCAUACUUUGCAGCUGGUCAUAAAGGAUGGCUUUAAAGAAAUUGGAGCUGUAAGCACAGUACUUGAAAAGGUUGCUACAAUUGUAUCAUAUGUUCGCCGGUCACAAAGUGCAACAGAGAUAAUGGAGGGAGAAACAAGAUUGCAGCUAAGGAAUGCUACACAUAAAUUGAGGUUGUUGGAUACUGCUCAUCUAACAGCUCAUGAGAGAAAUAUUUUGGAGGACCUUGUACACAUCUUGACUCCCUUUGAAGAAGCAACAGAUUAUACUCAGGGUGCUAACAUAGUUACGUCAAGUUAUGUCAUACCUUGUAUUCAAGGACUCAAGGAGCCUCUUGAAACCCUCUCAGUGACAUUCAAUUCAAGAAUGCUCACAGCACUUGCCAGCUCUCUUGAUAAAAGAAUGGCAAAAUUUGAGAGCCAAGAGCUAUUUAUGCUAGCCAGUACUUUGGAUCCUAGGUUCAAGCUAAAGUGGUGUAGUGAUGAUGAUGAACAACAGCGAGUAAAAUCCAUUCUACUUGAAAAGGCAGGUUCUAAAGUGACUACACAUGAACCAGAAGUACCACAACAAGCGGUCAAAAUGGAUGCUACUCCUUCUGAACCACCUUCUAAAAGAAAGAAGCAGGAACCUGAACCUAGCAGGCUACUUAGCUACUUAUUCACUGAAGAAAGCUCAACGCAAACAAAAAUAUCAAAUCCAUUAGAUGUUGAAUUUUCAAAGUAUUUCUCUGAACCUUGUUUAGGUGAGCAAAGAGAUGCUUUGGCUUUUUGGAAGGAGCAUUCAGCUACUUAUCCAAAUAUAUCUAAGUUGGCUUGCUAUUACCUGUCUGUACCAGCUUCUUCAGGGCCAGUAGUAAGGCUAUUUAGCAUUAUAGGGAAGUUUUUCUGGCCAGAGAGAUGCAGACUUUCCGACUCUGUUUUUGAAAAACUGAUGAACAUAAAAUGCAAUGGUCAUUUGCUUUGA